GGAUCUGUGGAGAAACGCAGCAUUAGCAGCGCGAAGUUCACUGUGAGUCACUAGAGGAAGAGCAGCUCCGGCAGCAGGUGUCAGUUUGUAUGUUCACUGUCAGGACGGUUCGGCGGUUCACUCAGAGGGGAUUCAACUUUUAUUAACAGCAACAUGUCAAAGCUUCGACCCAGACUGUGUGUGAUGAAGAAAGGACCCAACGGCUAUGGGUUCCACCUGCACGGAGAAAGAGGCAAGAGCGGCCAGUUCGUGCGGCUGGUGGAGGACGACACUCCCGCCUCCGAGGCCGGACUGGUCGCGGGAGACCAGCUGGUGUUCGUCAACGGGGACAGCGUGGUGGGAGAGAGCCACCAGCAGGUGGUGGCCCGGAUACGGGCGACCACCGGGGCUUUGGAGCUCAUUGUGGUGGACGUCGAGACGGCGGAGCUGCUGAAGAAACACAACCUGCAAUGCCGGGAAGAAUACGUGACCGAGGGAAUUCCCCUGCCAGGCGGGGACAGCGACUCAGACGCUCAGAGCAACGGAACCCCGAGGGGGUCCAGCCCGGUCCGCUGGGAGAACGGGGAUGCUGCCACGGAGAAGUCGGAGAGGCUGAGUGUCAGCUCCAGCACCAAGGAGGACCAAGAUGGACUGCGGCCUCGUCUAUGUCACCUAAAGAAGGGUGCCAGUGGCUACGGAUUCAACCUGCACAGUGACAAGUCCAAACCAGGCCAGUUCAUCAGAGCUGUGGAUGAAGACUCUCCAGCACAGAAAGCCGGCCUCAGACCGCAGGACAGGAUUAUCCAGGUCAAUGGUGUGUCAGUGAUUGGAAUGCAGCACUCUGAGGUGGUGGCUGCCAUCAAAGCUGGAGGAGAUGAGACCAGGCUGCUUGUGGUCAACGCUCAGACCGAGGAGUUCUUCCAGAGAUGCAAAGUCCUGCCUUCUGAACAACAUGUCACUGGACCUCUCCCCGAACCUGCAUCAGAGGAGGAGGAGGAGGCUGCAGCAAAGCCUAGAGUGUCUGUGAGCUCUUCAGUCUCCAGUGCAGGAUCCAAUAACUCCCUGCUUAAAGAGGCUGAAAAGAGCCCUGACGCUGAGCUGGACCCGGCUGCUGACAGCCUGGGUCUGGGCCUGUCCCUUGCCCAGGCCAGAGAAAGGGCCCAUCAGAAACGAGCUGCCAAGAAAGCCCCGGCCAUGGACUGGAGCAAGAGGAACGAACUGUUCAGCAACUUAUAAACAUCAUUAUGGCCGUCUGCAGACCGCUCUGUCUCGACUCAGUGGUGAACCGAGACAAAAAAUCAGCCUCUGCUCUUAAGAUCCCACACAUCCUGUGGAAGACACGCAGCAGCGAGCUCAUUUUAAACUCCCAUGUUAAACAGUAUUAUAUGAUGAUUUUAUUGUUUUAAUUUAGGGUUUGGACACUUUUCUUUCUUUUAUGUUUCAAUGAUGGUUGAAAUGUCUGCCUCAGAAUGUUAAUAUAUUAAGAAGAGCAGAACUAGUGAUGUACAGUUUCUCAUGGAAAGCAGCAUGUAAGGAAUAAUGGCACACAGGGAAAUUAUCGGCAGACACAAUUUUAAAUUUAGAGUGAAAGAAUAUAUAUAUUUACUCUAGUCAAUGACUCUCCUGGUACACCAUCUGAUAGUUAACAGCAUGUCUUAUCACGUCUUAAGCUGGCUGAAGGCACCAUGUAGACUUUAGAAUGAUGUUUGUCCAGGCAUCUUUCCCUCCAGAGGUUCUGUCCUGAUGUGUAAUUGAAAGAAAUGAAAGAUUAUUUUUCAUGUUGCGCUUGAUGAAUUUGUACAUACAUGAAUAAAUGAUUUAAUAGCCAAUUGUAUUUUGACUGACUUGAAGAAUGUGAAUUUCUACUGUUCUGUUGAUUCUAAUGAAAAAACUUGAAUUUUAACGCUGCACCUGUUGGUCUGAGUGCCGGCGACUCUUAAACUUUGGAAAUAGACAGUAUGUACUGCUGGCUCUGUGCUGUAGAAUGUAUUGAUGAGAAUUGACAAAUAUAGCAUUUGGAUCAAAUGGA